GGCUUACAAGACAAUGUGCAGGAACUGUGUAAAAGAAAGUUGCCCUGAUAGGGGAUCAUGCUGUCUUGAGACUGGCACUUACUUGAUGAACUAUGCAGGAUGCUGCCAAUGCAACAAAAAGACUGAUAUCAAUAACAUUGAUAAGAAAUCAGAGAAUGACGUCGACGGAAAUGAGACAGUGACGUAUAAACAUGUCUGUCAGACGUGUGAUCACGUGAUCGCCAGACACGAGUACACCUUCAGUGUAGACGACGAGUUUCAGGAAUACACAAUGAACUGUGUCUUGUGUGGAUACGGAGAGGCAACGGUCAGCAUUCUUCCGGACGACCCAAGACAACAGAGAUUGUUUUAGAUAUUGAAUGAAUGAGACAAACUAGCAAUAGUAGUUACCAUUGUGUCACAACAGCGAACAAACACAAAUACUAAAAGCCA